AUGUCUUUAGCCAAAACACGCCUACGAAAUGUUAAGAACAAGGACAUUACUGACGAGAUAACCACACAAAAUGACGUAAGAAAAUCAAAUAUGUCAUUAGAAGAACUUCGAAACCUUUGUCAACUUUUGAAUCUCGACUCUGGGGGAAGUAAACCAAAUCUUAUCGACGGUUUAAGGAAAAUAAGUACUGGUUCAGAUUUAUCUUUACGCGAAUCAUGUGAGCGAAUGGACACUGGGAAUUCAGAUGAUCUGCAAACCAUGCUUCAAGAAUGUGAAAAUUCAACUUCCGAACCUUCGUGUGAAAGUGAUAAUGAUGAAAAUGUAAAAACAAGUUCAAAUUCAACCAGAAGCAGUACCAAACGAUUGAAAACAAAAGAAGGUGAUACAAAUGAAUUGAAAGUUCUUUUAAAAGAGAUUAAAUAUCUUAGGAAUGAUAUAAAAAAUGUGGAGGAAAAAGUUGAGACAACGAAUAUCAAAACCACAAUCAGAGAUACUUGGCCAGACAGAAAAUUUGAGAAAUUACGUGAUCAACAUGAAUACGAUACUUUGCGGUCAAUUGGUCAGGAAUUGGAUUUAGCGCUAAAUACAACUUCUGGAACCGAAGCUUUACAAUAU